GCGGGGGCGGCGGGGGCGUGCGGUGCUGCAAGCGCUCAGGAGGGUGCGCUGCAGACCUGGGCCAUGGCGGCUUUAAGGGAAGACCGAGGGCUGGCGGGGAGUGGGGGGUGAGGGGCCCGGGCGGGGUGGGGAGGAGAGGGGUCCGGGGAGGAGCCCUGAUGUAAGCAUGUUAAUAAGAGGCUCCCCCAGCCCAACCCCCACCACUCCCCCACCCCCACCACCAUCCCCACCCUCACCGUAUGGAAAUACAAGCCCGGCCUCGGCGCGCCAUGUGUGGUAACACGCUCAGCCUCUGCCACGCUAUUUAAACGCGGGCUAUGAAUCCAGGAACCGGAGCGAAUCAAUGAGAUCAAACUCGAGGGAGAUGCAUCGUCAAUUACAAGCACUUGGACAAGUCUAACUUCUUUUUUUUUUUCCUUCUUCUUUGACAAAUACGCUUUCAAAAGCAACCUUAGCAACUCCCAAACAAGAAGCCACCUCUAAGCAAAUUAGCAUAUAUAAAGGAAGGACGAAUAUAUAUAUAUUUAUAAUAAGUAUAUAUAUAUAUAUAUAAUUAUAUUGCAGGCGUGCAGGUUGACACCCGACGAAGUUUCUUCUCUGCUUCUCUCUUUCCCUGGUGAUACUGCCAAGAAGGACUCAUCUUCCUCUCUGUCUGUGGGUGACUUAGUGAAGGGGGUAUUCUGUCUUCUGAGAGCGCCCGAGUGGGCGCAGCGACGUGGGAGAGAGGUGGGGGAGAAAGAGGAAGGGUGGGCGGGCGGCGAGGGCCGGCGCUCCCCUGCGGCACGAUGCGGUGUCCGCUGCUGCUCACCCUCUCCGCGUGCGCUCUGCUCGGCGGGGCGGUGCUGGCCGGCGGUGCAGGAGGCGGCGGGGGCGCGGGCCGAAGCGCCGGUCGCCAGGAGCGAGGAGCCCCGGCGCUGGCGCCGCCGCCGCCGGAGAUCCAGGUCCUGGUGCUGCUGCCUCAGGACGACUCGUACCUGUUCUCCCUGGCGCGGGUGCGGCCGGCCAUCGAGUACGCGCUGCGCAGUGUGGAGGGCAACGGCACCGGGAGGCGGCUGCUGCCCGCCGGCACCCGCUUCCAGGUGGCGUACGAGGACUCGGACUGCGGUAACCGCGCGCUCUUCAGCCUGGUGGACCGCGUGGCGGCGGCGCGGGGCGCCAAGCCCGACCUCCUGCUGGGGCCGGUGUGCGAGUAUGCCGCGGCGCCGGUAGCCCGCCUGGCUUCACACUGGAACCUGCCCAUGCUUUCGGCCGGGGCCCUAGCCGCGGGCUUCCAGCACAAGGACACCGAGUACUCGCAUCUCACGCGGGUGGCGCCCGCCUAUGCCAAGAUGGGCGAGAUGAUGCUGGCGCUCUUCCGCCACCACCAGUGGAGCCGUGCCGCGCUCGUCUACAGCGACGACAAGCUGGAGCGUAACUGCUACUUCACCCUCGAGGGGGUCCACGAGGUCUUCCAGGAAGAGGGCUUGCACACGUCCGCCUACAACUUCGACGAGACCAAAGAUCUGGACCUGGAUGACAUCGUGCGCUAUAUCCAGGCCAGCGAGCGAGUGGUGAUCAUGUGUGCGAGCAGUGACACCAUCCGAAACAUCAUGCUGACGGCACACCGGCAUGGGAUGACCAGCGGGGAUUACGCAUUCUUCAACAUCGAGCUCUUCAACAGUUCUUCCUACGGAGAUGGCUCGUGGAAGAGAGGAGACAAACACGACUUUGAAGCUAAGCAAGCGUACUCAUCCCUCCAAACAAUCACUCUACUGAGGACAGUGAAACCUGAGUUUGAGAAGUUUUCCAUGGAGGUGAAAAGUUCUGUUGAGAAACAAGGACUCAAUGAGGAGGAUUAUGUUAAUAUGUUUGUUGAAGGAUUCCACGAUGCCAUCCUCCUCUACGUCUUGGCUUUACAUGAAGUCCUCAGAGCUGGUUAUAGCAAGAAGGAUGGAGGGAAGAUCAUCCAGCAGACUUGGAACAGGACAUUUGAAGGGAUUGCUGGGCAGGUGUCCAUAGAUGCCAAUGGAGACCGGUAUGGGGAUUUCUCAGUGAUCGCCAUGACAGACUUAGAAGCGGGCACUCAGGAGGUUAUUGGUGAUUACUUUGGAAAGGAAGGUCAUUUUAAAAUGAGGCCAAAUAUCAAAUAUCCUUGGGGACCAUUAAAACUGAGAAUUGAUGAGACCAGAAUUGUGGAGCACACAAACAGCUCUCCUUGCAAAUCAUCAGGUGGCCUAGAAGAAUCGGCAGUAACGGGUAUUGUCGUGGGGGCUUUAUUAGGAGCUGGCUUGCUCAUGGCCUUCUACUUCUUCAGGAAGAAAUACAGAAUAACCAUUGAGAGGCGAAACCAGCAAGAAGAAAGUAAUGUUGGAAAGCAUCGGGAAUUACGGGAAGAUUCCAUCAGAUCCCAUUUUUCCGUGGCUUAAAAGGAAGCCUUUUCUUUCAGUCUGAGAUUCUUUCAGCCUGAAAGAAUUUAACACCUAGGAACAAAUGGGAUGAAAGAAAUCAGUGGAACACAAGGGAUGCUCUUGAAGUGUAAGCAGUUCAGUCGUUUUCAUUUUAAAUUUCUUUAGAAGCUCAGGAACCAUUCAUAGUCACCAUAUGCCUCCCAGCCUUUCAUCUCAUGACAAAUAUAGGAAUGUAGCAUCACUUCGAUAAGAUGUUCAUGCUGUUUCAAGGGCGUCUGACUUGAUUUACCUUCUGAAAACCCUGUGUCUCCAUGUUUUGAUGACUUUGGGGAGGGGAUAUCACACACGGCUAUAAUUCAAUGUGGUUUUCUUAAAUGAAAUGUCUUAUUGUUAGAAUAAAACAGUUUUUGACAUGUAGCAUUUUCCUGGAAAGAAUUUAACACUUAGGAGUAGGAAAAUGUAAUGAAAAAAUCUCAUGGUUGGAGAGACAGUGUUCCUCUUUCUAGGGUGAGAUUGAGGUUGAGAACUAUGCUAUUGGGAUAUGUAUGGUUCUGACUUCUUGUCUCAAGAAGGGUUUUCUUCUUGGGUUCUGCAGUGUCUCUUCAAAGCUUCUCUGGGAAGCUGUAACUCUUCAUGAGCUGAGAAGAUUUACAUGGGAAAAGUGAAUUUAAAAUAUUUCAUUAUUUUAAUGUAAAAAAUGCCCUGUUUCACACUAACAUUUUAAGUAUUUUAGUCUUAUAAUUUGCUAUUAGAAAAUGUGUCUAUUUUUUCAUUUUGAAGAUUAAAUUCCACUUCUAUUUUAAAAGUUUGGGUAAAGUGUACAACAAAACUAACCCUGACCUUUCUUUUUUUCUCCCCCUUUCCACUUCAGAAAGAAAUGUUCACUGCUGCUUUAAUCAUAGAAAUCUACCACUGAGCUAUUUCCUUUUAAUUACUGAUCUAGAAAUGUAUUUGGAUUAUUAACUCUACAGUAGUACACCAGUUUACAUGUCUUAAAUGUAAAUUAGUUUUGGGAUAAACCUCUUCCAAUUCUGGACAGAUGGUGAUUUUUUAAAAUCAAGGGUGUAAUUUAUUAGAAGAUAGGAUGUCAUGAAAGGGUGCAGUCCUUUUUCAUCAAGAACUUAACAGGGAUUACCAUUUGACAAAUACAGGCAAUACAUUUAAAAAUGCAUACAUGAUAUUUUACCAAAGUUCAUUGAUGACUGUGGCUUAAAAAUGUGUGUGUGUGUGUGUUGGGGGGGGGGUCUAAAUAACUGCUAUAGCCUUUUUCAGUUGAUCCACAAAUCUUUGUAUACAUCCAUUUAAAACCCAGUGUCAUGGGCUGCGUGUGGAUGUAAGGAAUUUGUCAAAAGUUGAGUGUUCAUUGAUUAUCUGUGUUAUUGUCAGUUCUCUUCACAUAGGUUUCAACUCAGGUCCUACCUUCACUUACAAUUUGGAGUAAGUAGUAAAGGAAGAAUGGAAUGUUGCCAGAUGAUUGUGCUGUUCUGCAAUUAUG